AUGGCCUUAUCAAUGUUUCUCCGUGCUCCAGUUUGCACAAACCAGGCAUUCACAAAACAUAUUAUGCGUCUUGCUACAUAUACAGCAGCAACCAACUCUCCCUUGGUAGUUCGUGCAAUCCCAAACACGGUGCAGCUUAAAAGUGUUACAGCAAAGGCUGAAACUAUGCCAAUAACCAGCUCAGUGAGGUCGUUCCGGACGUCAGCAGUUCGCAUGUCGGAUGAGAAGCCACACGACCACGCCAAGCUGUGGGUGAUAGAGAAGGCAACCAGUGCACUUCUUGUUCCACUUAUCCCCCUUGGGCUGCUAAUGCCCAACAAGAUCAUUGAUUCAGUGCUUGCUAUACUUAUCACGGCUCAUAGUUUUUGGGGCCUAGAAGCGAUAGCUGUUGAUUACGUUCGUGCAAGCAUAUUCGGUUCGGUCAUUCCCAAAAUUGCCAUUGGCCUGGUGUACCUUCUUUCGAUAGCCACCCUCGGAGGUUUGUUCUAUAUCAUCAGCCACGAUGUUGGCCUAGCCAACACUGUCCGGCAGUUCUGGGCUGUAAGGUCUCAAGGACAGAAUGCCUAA